AAAACCCGGAGCCGCCGCGGCGCCCAGGGGACUGGGGGUGCGCUCUGAGCAUGUGCAGAGCAGCGCGGUGGCUGCUGCCUCGGCCGGAGGCUGGGGCCCGGUGCUGAUGCGAGCAGCCGGUCGGCCUCAGCCCCAGCGUAGUCGGCACGCCCGCCCCUUGGCCGGGGCGGCGGGAAAGGAGCCGUAGCCUCCGCGCGGCCGCACGAACGGCGCGGCGGCGAGCACCCCCUGGCAGCCGCGGAGCCCUCGGGGCCCACGAUGAUGGCGGAGCAGGUGAAAUGCGCCUCGGCGGGGGGCGGCUCCGGAGCGGGCUCCGGGCCGGUGGUGAAUGCGGAGCUGGAAGUGAAGAAGCUGCAGGAGCUGGUGCGCAAGCUGGAGAAGCAGAACGAGCAGCUGCGGAGCCGGGCGGCCAGCGCGGCCACCGCCCCGCACCUGCUGCUCCUGCCGCCGCCGCCGCCCGCCGCGCCGCCCCCCGCCGGGGCCUGCAGCCCGCUGGGACCGCGGAGCCCCCCGGCCGCCGCCUCCGCCUCGGGGGCCCUGGGGCUCGGGCUGGCUUUGGGCGGCGGCAGCGGGAGCGGUGGCUCCAGCCCCACGUUCCCGGGCACCUACUGCCUGCCCAGCCCGGCGCCCUCCCUGCUCUGCAGCCUGGCGCAGCCCUCCGAGGCGCCCUUCGUCUACUUCAAGCCGGCGGCGGGCUUCUUCGGCGCGGGCGGCGGCGGGCCGGAGCCGGGGAGCCCGGGGACCCCGCCGGGGGGAGCCCCCGCGCCGCCCCCCACGCUGCUGGAUGAGGUGGAGCCGCUGGACCUGGAGAGCGCGGCCUCCUGGCGGGACGAGGACGACUACACCUGGUUAUAUGUUGGCUCUUCAAAGACAUUUACGUCAUCAGAGAAAUCCCUGAGCCCUCUGCAGUGGUGUAGACACGUCUUGGAUAACCCGACUCCGGAGAUGGAAGCGGCAAGGCGCGCCCUGUGCUUUAGACUGGAGCAAGCUAGCCGAUGGCGGAAUCUCUUCUCUUCAAAUGUCUCACUGGCUUUUCCUUAUAGUCCCGUUGCAAGACUCAGCCCUUAUAGCAAUGGCAUUAAUACUCCCAGCUUCUCUAAAACCUCAAAUAAAGCAAUACUAACACCUGAAAGAACAGGUUACACCUCCAGGGGCUCCCCUCUCAGUCCCCAGUCAUCCAUAGACAGUGAGCUGAGUACUUCAGAACUGGAGGAUGAUUCCAUCUCCAUGGGAUAUAAGUUACAGGACCUCACUGAUGUUCAGAUCAUGGCUCGUCUGCAGGAAGAAAGUCUCAGGCAAGAUUAUGCUUCCACUUCAGCAUCUGUGUCAAGGCAUAGUUCCAGUGUGUCACUGAAUUCAGGCAAAAAAGGGACAUGUAGUGAUCAAGAAUAUGAUCGAUUCAGUCUGGAGGAUGAGGAAGAAUUUGAUCAUUUGCCACCUCCUCAGCCUCGUCUCCCAAGAUGUUCCCCUUUCCAAAGAGGAAUUCCCCAUUCACAGACUUUCUCCAGCAUUCGGGAGUGUAGGAGGAGCCCCAGUUCCCAGUAUUUUCCUUCAAAUAAUUACCAGCAGCAACAGUAUUAUUCACCUCAAGCCCACAGUCCAGAUCAGCAACCAAAUAGGACCAGUGGAGACAAGCUCCGAAGAAGUAUGCCUAAUCUCGCUCGGAUGCCAAGUACAACCACUGUCAGUAGCAAUGUUAGUUCUCCGGUCACCGUGCGGAAUAGUCAGAGUUUCGACUCAAGCUUGCAUGGAGCUGGAAAUGGAAUAUCAAGAAUACAGUCUUGUAUUCCAUCCCCAGGACAGCUUCAACACAGACUCCACAGCGUGGGACAUUUCCCAGUGUCUGUCCGGCAGCCUCUUAAAGCCACAGCCUAUGUGAGUCCCACCAUUCAAGGCAGCAGUAACAUGCCUUUAUCCAACGGCUUACAGUUGUAUUCCAGCACAGGAAUCCCCACACCAAACAAAGCAGCAGCUUCUGGGAUAAUGGGCCGCAGUGCACUUCCAAGGCCUUCACUGGCAAUAAAUGGGAGUAACCUGCCUCGAAGCAAAAUUGCACAACCUGUUAGAAGUUUCCUUCAGCCUCCAAAGCCUCUGUCUUCACUCAGCACUCUGAGGGAUGGGAACUGGAGAGACGGUUGCUACUAAUGCAGUUAUGUGCCCUUGAAGACUGGGAAAGAAGGGGAGAUGAGGGUGUGUUACCUAGCUGGCUGGGUAACAGUGGCCAUCGGGACAUUCUUUCCUUUUGCAUUUUAACAUAUUUACUGCAUUGUUUUUCACUGAACCAAUCGCCAGAGACUAAUUAUUGCACUUAAAUAUUUCCCUGAGAUACUGCACCAUUCUCAAAUCUAUGGUUGCAGUAUUGUGACACUUAGAUCUAGGAAGUUUUUGUAGAACUGCUAUGUACCUGAAUCCUUUUUAAAGAAUUGAGAUGUAUCAAUAAUGCUUUCUUUGCCACAUGAGUUUUUUAAAGUAACUUGAUCAAUUUACUUAUGUGUUCUAAAUAUCUUCCCAUUCCAUGUUCUGUAUUUUAAUAUAUUGUGUAUUUACAACUAGGUUCUAUAAACAUAUGUUUUGAAAUUUACUUUUUUAUAGUUUACAGGAAUUUUAUUUUUCUUUUUACACCUAUGUGAACCACUAUGGAACAACUUAAAUUUUGUGCCAUAAAAAUAUUUUUGUGGUAAGGUACUAUUUUUUUAGCUUUAGGGAUAUAUCAGCAGAAAUCCACCAUACAAUUUGAGAGACAUAAUUUUAUGAUGAAUGAGCACAACAUAAUCUGAAGCAUUGCAAGGAGAUAGCCAAACAGCAGAGUUAAAUAGUCUCGUCUUUUUCAUUGUUAAUUUAUUGUCACACAUGGGUUUCAUAUUUAUAAAGUCAUCACAAGCUCAUUGCACUUAAUACCUGCAAUGUUUGCUACUGUACCACAAUUGAUUUUCAAUACUUUAUUACAGAGGAUGAAACUGUAAUGUUUUAUUAACAAUGCUUCUGGAAAUGAAUGCAUUUUAAAGCAAAUAAAUCUUUUUGAUAGACCUUUUACAAAACCCAUUUGCACUAAUGAAUGCUUUCUUAUGGUAUAUGAAUUAAUAUUUGUUACUGUGUACACUGCUGUUUUGGAAUGUUCAGAAAUAAAGACUAUUUCAGCAAUACCAAGUCAUGCAUGAAUGUGCAACACACCUUAUAUGUUUCACUACAAUUACGAAAGCAGUUAUUGUUGCUAUGUGCUUUUACAGGGCAUUUUAUAUCUAAGGCAAGUGAACAGAAUACAUCUGUAAAAAUUAUUUUUUUCCCUAAAAUAAUUCUGGUAAGUGUGAAGUUUUAGUUCUGCAGUAAAAUUUAUGUUCCAUUUAGCAAGGCCAGCAGAACUCAAGUAGCCUCCUGCCCAGAAACACUGUCAGUGGAGAUUUUAAUAUUCUAUGGAAGUUUGAUUUGAAAUAUUUUAUUCUCCAUUACAUUUGAUACAUGUUAGAAAACAUUAAAACCUUUGCCUAACCUAAGUUUUAAAAUAGAGUUCUACCUAAGGUCAUUAGAGAUUUCUAAUUUUAAAAAGUUUGCUCUUACAUAUGAUACUAUCUAGAACUAAAAGACUUGUGUUUAAGUAGCUUGCACGAUGAGAUGUGAGCCAGAGGAGAUGAGACAGCAAUCAGGUAAUAUUUUUUGAGCACUUCUUAAUGGUGAGAAUACAGUUAUUAGAAGUAAAUGAGACAAAUGUAUGCAAAAUAUCUAGCAAUCACCUACUGUUAUAACCAUUUAAAAAAUAAAUGCCUGAGCCUGAGAAAUGUGACAACUUUUCAUAAGCAUUUAACUAGUACAUAGUGAAGCCGACUUUGGAAUCCAGGCUUAGCUGAUUUCACGUCUUUUUCCCACUGCUGUGUUCCCUGUGAGCACAUGUGGUAAAGUUAGUACGUUAUAAAACAAGUUUAUGCUCUGCUGAGGAAAUUAAAAGAUUCAUUUUCAAUUCAAAUAUUUAUAUUAAAAAUGUUUAGCCCUUGUGUUUAAAAAAAAAAAGGCUCUUGCGUCUUGGAUUUACAUUCUAGUUGGGAGGAGAGAGACAGUAAACCGUAGACAAGUGAAUCACAGAAUGUUAGGUGGUAGUGCUACGGGAGAAAAAAAAGAUCAAAGGAGAGUUGAGAGAGCAAGAGUAGGAGGAGCACACAACAGUAGGGUCCUCCGGGACACUUACUAAGUUGUUAACACUUGAACAAAGACCUGGAGGAGGAGCGCUGGUCCUAAAGCUACUUCACAGCCUCUUUCACUCAGAGUUCUGUCAAACACAAAUGAUGCCGCUGGUUAUUUUCACAGUUCUCCUUGGGAUGAUACAUAACAAUUAUCAAGAUGCAUAGGACAGAAUUUACUAUUUUGUAUACAAUGGAUGCCCUAGGGUAGUAGCUCUCCAAGUAUGGUUGCCACAUCAGCAUUUCAAGAACUUACCAGAAAUCACAUUCUCAAGCCCAGACCUACUGAAUCAGUCCUCUAGGUAAUUUGAAGAACCCCCUUUGAGAAAGGCUGCUGGAAAAAGAAGAGACUAGCCUGUGCAAAGGCUUCGGGCUGAACAAGCGUCAGGUGUGUGAGGAAGAGCAAAGAGGCCAUCGUGGCUGCAUGCAGAGGGAGCAAGGAGAAGAGUAGCAGAGACAGGGCACCAAGGUGACGUGGCAGGGUCAUGAAGGGCAUUGCGGGCCACAAGAACUUUGUCUAGAAUAGGAGCUGUUCACGAUUUUAAACAGCAGAGUUCACGAUUUGACUUACUUAUAGAAGUAUCACCAUGGCAUUUGGUGAGAAUAGACUAUGAAAUGGCAAGUGUAAAUUAAACUAUUUCAGGAAUCCAGGCAAGAGAUGAGGAAUUGGAUUGGAAAGUUAGCAGUGGAGGUGGUCCUCUUCAGCACAUAUUCUAGAAGUAGAGCCAUCAGGAUUUCUCUGUGGAGUCUAUAUAUUGUGUUCAAGGAUCAAAAGGAAAACCUCCAAGCAUUUUGGUCUGGCAACUAGAAGGAUGGAAUUCCUCCAGCAGAGAUGGAGGGGACUUGUGGAGUAAGUUUGAAAACCGUGAUUCUGGCUGACAUCACCAAACAGAAUUCAGACAA